AUGGAGAGUAAGGAAGUAGCUCGGUCUUCCAAAGAUGUGAGACCCCAAGGAGCCCAUAGCAUGCAAUCUAAUUAUAUGAAUAUUUAUUAUAAUAAGUCUGGACGAAAUUCAGAGUCCAAGAACCAGGCACCCCAAAACUCCGGAGUCAAGUAUGAUAAAUUAAAGCAGAAGUAAAAUUAAUCAUUCAAAGGGAUUCUGAUCGACAAAGGCGGGUAGCUGAGCCUCCGUCCCGAAUAAUACGAUGUUAUUGAAUGAUGCUAGUCAUAGUCGUAGGACUCAGCUCUCAGGAAUGGUGGAUACCCCACACCUCAACACGUUUAAGAUGGAGGAGGACUCCAGAGCGAAUGAGUUUAUAGACUACCAAAAUCCUUACAUGUUCUUAGAAUUCCCUCAUAAACCAGCUAGGGAACAAUAUGAUGAUCAUAAAGCCUUGUAUCCAGGCCUAGAUGAGCUCGAAGAAGGUAUCACACGAAAAAUUGAACUUAAUAAGAGACUUAAAGGACUCAAACUUAAGAUAUGGUUUCAAGACAUGGAUAAGAAAUUAGCUGACCGAAUAAGUCCUCAAAAGGAGACUUAGUAGAAAAUGCUAUAUUUAGGUAACUUUUGAUUUUUCUUAAUGAGCAAAUGAGCCAUAGGCCUAGCUCAACCCUGACUUAAAAUAGAAUUUAUAUUAAUUUCAAAAUGUUC